CGGAUUGAUCAUCGGCCGGCGAUCAUGCUCGAGUCACCGCGCGACCGACCGUCGCGCAUCCUCGCCGGUCCUCUCCGAUCCACGGAGCAUCCUUCCUCUCGCACCCUCCGACCGGUCGGGUCUUGCUCGCCACCUGCUCUCUAAACUCGUCUUCCACGCCUCUGUCUCUCUCUCUCUCUCUCUUUCUCUCUCUUCAGCGAUCUCGCGAGUCGGAAGACCGCCGAGACUCUUCCGGCGGAGUCCGUACCUCUUCCUCGUCCUCCGAUGCGCCAGGACGACCGCCGCGAGCCGGCGUCGUUCAUUCUACCGUCGCGUCGCGCCGCGUCGAAUAAAUUGUGCGAAAGCGGCGCAGUGCGUAGCGUUCGGUUUCCGGUUGGCCCUUCGUGUCGUCUCGGUGGUCGGUUGGGGGUGACGAGAGCUCCGCCGCUGGUCGGAAGUGAUAUCGCAGUGUGCAGUGCCUCGAUCCGUGAUAGACCAGAGUCGGGUAUAGUCGAGGUAGCCGCGAGGUGGUGCGAGAUUGACACCGUGCGUGUGUGAUGUGCCGGGGAAUAUAGUGCGGCGACAGUGGGUUCCACGCGGAAACGGGUUCGAACGGCGACUGCGACGGAUACGACAACCGAACCGGCAAACUGGAGAUCCUAGGGAUGUUUCCGCCGCGCACGGAAGCGCCGACAGCGGACAAGCUGGCGCUCUGUUACGCGCCGCACGUUGACAUGACCACGGUGAUCGAGGUCGAGGACCGUUUAACUGGCCAUGGGGGUAUAUCCUCACUGGGCGGUGGCAACUCCUCGCCGUAUUCCGGCGCCCAUCAUCAUGGUCACAGAGGCAACGGAAACGGCAGCGGGAUGCCGCAUCACGGUGGUGCCUCGUUGCCCACCGCCUCGGACUUCCAACCCCCGUAUUUCCCGCCCCCGUUCCCAUCGCACCACCAUGCGCCGGCGAGCCCUCAACACCCGAGCCUCGGCCAGCCGCAGCAUCUCGAUUACCUCGUCGGCGACCCGUACACGCAAACCUUGAACACGUUGCAUCAACAUCAUUACAAUCACCUGAGCGCCGCCGUCACGGCUGGCCAGAGAGGUGGCGACCUCAGGAGGGACUCGGAGGGAAUCCACGUGACGAACAUGCACACGUCGUUUCCAUACGACGGCGGACGCAGCAGCGGAGGAGGCGGUGGCGGCGGCGGUGGAGGCGGCGGCGGUGGUGGCGGAAGGGGCGUCGAAUAUGGCGCCGUGCGCCGUCCCGACGCCCUCUUGCCACCCCCGGGCCUCGACCAAACCGACCUCGUUCUCCACAGCAGCCUCGUAGACGACCCCCAGGUGAGCGACGAUAACACAAAUGUGGACGACGGAGGCUUCAUGAACGACCUGCCUCUUUUAAAAAACAUGAAACCAUCGGACAGGAGCGAGAAGGCGAUGCUGAGUGGGAACGCGCAACCUUCGGACGUGUUCUGUUCGGUUCCAGGACGAUUAUCGUUACUAAGCAGCACCAGCAAGUACAAAGUUACGGUAGCCGAGGUACAAAGACGACUAUCGCCACCGGAAUGCUUAAACGCGAGUCUCCUCGGCGGAGUCUUACGGAGGGCGAAAUCCAAAAAUGGCGGGCGUCUGCUUAGGGAAAAGUUGGAAAAAAUUGGACUUAACUUGCCAGCUGGAAGGAGGAAGGCCGCCAAUGUCACGCUCUUGACAUCGCUAGUGGAAGGAGAAGCCAUUCACCUUGCCAGAGACUUCGGCUACGUUUGCGAAACCGAAUUCCCUGCGAAACAAGUUGCCGAAUACCUCAGCCGGCAGCAUUGCGAGCCACAAGAUUCCUACAGGAGAAAAGAACUUCUUCAUGCCACCAAACAAAUCACCAAAGAGCUGAUGGAUCUUCUGAACCAGGAUAGAUCACCGCUUUGCAACACACGGCCUCAGCAUAUACUCGACCCAAGCAUACAGAGACACCUAACGCAUUUCUCUCUCAUAUCACAUGGAUUCGGAAGUCCUGCAAUCGUAGCCGCUCUGACGGCAAUACAGAAGUUCCUAAGCGAGUCCCUGAACCAUCUGGAAAAGAUGUACCCGGGCAACGGCAGCGGCGUGACAAGUAGUCAGCAGUCGAGCCUCGACACGAACAAGAGCAAGGACGGCACGUUGAUGAACGACAUGAAGAAGUGACGCCCGGAGGACCCGCCUACCUCGAACGUGGUCACUUCGAUCAGGCACUCGUGGCCGUACAACUGAGCUUCCGCGGGCCUAAGCCCGUCGCGAACAGCUUCCUGGUGGACCACUGAUACACGCCACGUAUGUCCGCGAUACCGCGCGACCGCUUGUAUUAUAGUGAAACCGAGUGUAUGGUCGCGCACGAAAGCCCGAACGGCGCAGGUGACGCGACGAAACCACGAUUGCGGGCAGACGUGUUCCGCGAAGAGGUUGGCUGGUCGAAAGUGUUCUAGGUAAAUCAAUGAAAAACGAGGUCGCGAGAAAUAUGUGCAAUCGCCGAAACGAAGUUCCGCGCGUCGAUCGCCGAUCGGGCCGUGGUCGUGUCGACGUCGAGACGGGCCCGGCGCGAGACCGCGAGUCGGGCACCCAAGGUGUCUCGAUUCCCGUUUCGGGCUCGUUCGGCGAGGCCGGGGUCGCAGGAUAUUUAUUCGUUCGCGAAUCCGCGGGACGAUCGGUGCGCGACGCGCGGGAAAUCGCGCGGAUUCCGACGAGCCGACGCACUCGUCGUCCGUCGACACAGAGGUAACUUUGUUCUUUCACUGCCUGUUCAUACGGAGCGCGACCCUGCCGAUCAAGAGGGUCACGAUGCCACGCGAUAUCGAUCGAUUCGGGAUCGUCCCGUUCCGACCAACUCGCGCGAGCAAGAGCGCGAGCAAGAGCGAGUCGUCUUUGGCCGUUUGGCGCCGUAAUCGUCGUAGCUUCUCGAACGCAGGCUCUAGGAUCGUUCGCGAUAGGAGUAGCGAUAGUCGAAACGUUUCUGCAACGGCUGCGGCGAACGCUUUUAUUCUCUCGCCCCUGUGUCCCGAGGAUCUUGCUGUUUCACCGUAGAUAGAGCACCGCAAACGAGAGACGCUUAGAAUCGGUUCGUUGGAGCUUCGUCUUACACGUUGAAAUCGUACGGAAAAAGCGGUUGCACCGUCGAGUCGCGCUGAUUGCAGGUCCUCGUUGCUUGCGAAUCGAUCGAUAAUUGGAGAACCCGACAUAUACAUAUAAAUAUAUAAAUAAAUAUACAUUUAUAUGUAUAUACGCGAGCGCAGUACGACGAAUAAGAAACCAUUCGCAACAACCUUGUUCCACGGUAUAAUUUUUGGGUCGACUAUUUAUAUUGCUCAAGCAUCGUUAUUCUUUGCCCAUUAACGAGCGUCCGACGUACACGCGCGGUAUCGGUUAUGAUGCCGUUACGUAAGCAUUAAUAUUGUCAGCAUAGUGAUACAUUGCUCUCUGUACACGGUGUACAACUUAUAAUUUAGCGACUACAAAUCUAAAACCGCCCGCGAGCGAGCGUUCGACGAACAAUUUUUAUCGUCCCGGCUGAGUCCACCAUGUAGAACGACUCUCUCGGCCCUCAAUUACGUGGAAACGUUCAGUAUGCAACGACUACUGAAUAUUCAUGCCGAUCGCAGCCUUUGAAGUUACAGAUUUCCUUGUAAACACGUUCGAGCACGCGUUCGGUGCAACUGUUUCGGCGUGUUUCUCGAUUUUCUUAAUCACCGUUAGAAAUCCGCCGUACCCUUGCACGAGAAAACGGGUUCAAAGUAGCAAUUAACGAAUUAUUUCACUUCUCGAAUAUAGUUGCAGAGACGCUACGGUCAACGAUCGAUCGGAAACGCGAUUACAGAAUGCCGAGCGCAAUCGAUACGCUGCGAGUAGGUGCAAAUUUCAAAUUUCACGGACAAAUUUUAACGAAUCCGACGUCUAAUACGAUCGAACAAAUACUAAAUUCGUCUUGUUGUUAUUUUUUAUUUUCGAUUUUAUUCGACGCUUUUUAAAGACGCGAAAUAAACGUUUUCUUAAACAAAACAUGCACAAGUUUGAACAGAAUUUUUCUGAAAACGAAAGACAACUCAUUUUUCGAUCUCCGGUUUCACCAGAACCAUACCUAAACUCUGUUCUUUACGGAUGCAUCGAUACGAAUUGUUUCAAACGAAAGGAAACUGUGAAAAUAAUGUGAACAUUGGAAAGUAAUUCCUGUCUCCAUUCGAUGAAUUUUUCUGGAACACCUUCGACUGACGCUUGCACGUUCUAUUUUUUCUCUGUAGGCGUUAAUGCGAUUCGAACGAGACUAUAGUUAAGUUAAAAUCGAAUGGUCGGCCGAGGUCGCUUCCCCCGCUACGCGUUUGUUGGGCCGAUAUCGCUGGAAACGGUGGAUAAAUAGGGGCGGGGCGACAAGGUGGCAGAGCGGGGAUAAUUCGAACGACUUGUUUCGGCGACCAAUUGCUUUCCACGCGGCUAUAGCAAUUAAUACUGUGUAUUUACUAGA